GAGUCUCACUCAGUUGUCUAGCCUGCAGUGCUGUGGUGUGAUUUCGGCUCAAUGUAACCGCCGCUUCCCAGGUUCAAGAGAUUCUCCUGCCUCACCCUCCUGAGUAGCUAAUAUUUCAGGUGUGUGACACCACGCCCAGUUAAUUUUUGUAUUUUUAGUAAAGACGGGGUUUCACCAUGUUGGCCAGGUUGGUCUCGAAGUCCUGACUUUAAGUGACCUGCCUGCCUCAGCCUCCCUAAGUGCUGGGAUUACAGGCAUGAGCCAGCGCGCCCGGCCUAAACAAGCUUAUAUUAAAGAUGACAAUUUAUUACUUAUAAACAAAUCAAUAAAUCUUGCUGGGUAACUAGUUCAUUAACUCAAGACUCAAUCAACAAAACUAAAAGUAAAUUCUGAAUGUAACAUAGAAUUUAAAAACCAUAAUACUCAAUGCUGGUAAACAUACACAGCAGUUACUGCUGGCAAAAGUGAAUGGAAUAAAACUUUUGAGGAAAAUGUAGUACCAGUUAUCAAAAUACCUUAAAAUCUGCAUCCUUUGUGACAAAGCGCUUCAAUUCUACAUUUUCCUCAGGAAGUAAAUUUUGUACAGUUCUCCUUUAAAUUAGGAAAAGAAAAUUAGCACAUUAUUGCUAAAUACUAGAAAUACUGUGAAAGUGGACCUAGAAAAUUCUUAUGAUGGAAUAUUAAGCAGAUAUAAAUUACUGCUUUUAAAAUUUUUCCUAAUGUGAAUUUUCUAAACUUUUAACCGUGAACAUAGAUUCCCUUUGGCAAACCACCUUGAUUAAAUUAUAGACAGAAUAGAAUUUUGGUAAUAGUUCCGAGUAUGUAUAAUGUUAAAGGUGGUACUUAAUCCGCAGGGAAAAGAUGAAUUAUUUUAAAAAUCUGGUUGAUUAAUAAAUUCCUAGGGAAUUGGUUAACACUGUAGCAGGCAGAAUUCAGGAGAAGAAAUAAUAAAAAGACAUUAAAAUCACUUUUGUAAACUUUUUAAAUAAGGGAAAUUGAUUAAAACAACGCGAAGUUGUAAAAUGCCAUAUACUGCAUACAUUUUGUGGGAAAAAAUGUGCAUUUAUCUGCUCACCAAAUUAUCUUAUUAGCUAGCAGUAGAGCUCUUUGUGUGAUGGGAAGAUGGGAUAACAGGCUGUUGUUACCGUACUGGUGUUUUUUUUUUUAAUAUAUUAAAAAAAAAAAGAGUGUCUCCUAAAGUGUAAGCGCUAUCAUGCUGGACUAAUGUUUUAAUUUAAUUUAAUUGUUGUCUUGGUAGAGAUGGGGUCUCGCUAUUUUGCUCACUCAGAUCUCAAACUCCUGACGCCCAGGUACACUCCCAUCUCGGCCUCCUUAAAUGGUGGGAUCACAAACGUGAGCCACCGAGCCCGGUCACUUUUUUGUAUUCCCCACAGUAUUGAUGUAUAUCUUCUGCGUUCAAAAGCAAUUUUUUAAAGCCUCAUAACGUGGUAACAAAAUACUUUGCACAUUACAAAAUUCAGAACACGGAAACAAGAAGCUAGCUUUUUUUUUUCCCUAUUUCGGUAUGGCCCUUUAGAUUUCCCCUCCCCCACCGGGGCGGGACUUCCCGCCGACUUCUUUCAGGUUCUCAGUUCGGUCCGCCAACUGUCGUAUAAAGGCGCUGCCUCAGGCCAGAGUCCUCACAAAGCGUUGGGUGAGACUCCUCUUGCUCAUCAUGUCUGGCCGCGGCAAAGGCGGGAAGGGUCUUGGCAAAGGCGGCGCUAAGCGCCAUCGUAAAGUACUGCGCGACAAUAUCCAGGGCAUCACCAAGCCGGCUAUCCGGCGCCUUGCUCGCCGCGGCGGCGUGAAGCGCAUCUCCGGCCUCAUCUACGAGGAGACUCGCGGGGUGCUGAAGGUGUUCCUGGAGAACGUGAUCCGGGACGCCGUGACCUAUACAGAGCACGCCAAGCGCAAGACGGUCACCGCCAUGGAUGUGGUCUACGCGCUCAAGCGCCAGGGCCGCACCCUCUACGGUUUCGGUGGUUGAGCGUCCUUUUCUACCAACAAAAGGCCCUUUUCAGGGCCACCCUA